GAUUCAAUAGAAAUUUUUAAUAUCUGGGGUGAGCGAAAUGUUAAUAAUAAUAGAAGAAGUGAGUUUAGCAGUACUGAAGUAAAUGAUGAAUUAUUAAGUCCGAUGAUGGAAUUUUGCGGAAAUUUGAGAGAAUUACGCAUCUGUGGUGCUGAAAUCUCUGAUAACAUUUUAAUUAAUUUAACUUCGUCUUUGGAUGAACAAGAAUCUUCUGGUGAAAAUCUUAUUUCUGACGCAAGAGAUUUCGGUUUUUCUCAAGAUUUAUUAGUAACUCCACCCGCCUCUCCUAUAUCAUCUAAUACCUAUCCGCAUCUUCAUUCAUUGGAUCUUACCGAGUGUUUUAAUUUGACUGCUUUUGGAAUAGCUGAAUUAUUCUCUCCUGAUAAUUUACCAA